AAUAGACUAAACAACAAUGGAUGAGUUAUAGUCACCUUUGAAUAAACGAUAUUAUUACCCUCUCGGAACAAGCAAUAAAAGAAAGAUGCCAGUUCUUCAUUUAUCAAGCCUUCGAGUCAAGGUUAAAGCGAGAAAUGAUAAACCUAUACAAAAAAUAUCCAAAAAAAGAAAGUUCAGCAGAAGAAGUGCUUUUAAAAGACUUGGAGGAAAGGGAAAUAGUAAAAAAUAGUUUGCUAAAUGUAUACAAAGACGCAUCAAAAUUAUGGAAUCAAGCAAAUGACGAUACAAACCCAAGCGCAAUAAUUACUCGCUUGCAAUUAUCUGAUGUUUGCACAGAGCUAUACAUUCCUGUAAUAUUAUCAUGGCGUCAAUAUGUGGAAGAAAAUAAGAAAAGAAUAUAUGGUCAGCUUUUUGUUGAUCAAAAGCUUCAAGCACAAAAGAAGGAAGUAAACACAGAACAACAACAACAAGCAAAGUGUAUAAAAAUGGUCACCACACCUCUUUGGGCUAUUCUCAAUGAUAACGACGGUGUAUUAAAUACUUUAAGAAAAGG